CAAAAUUUUCUGGGAGACUUCCUUCCCCCAGUCCUUACUUCAUCUCCCAGCAGGGCUGCCUGCUGGACCUGGUGAUCCUGCUUCCGUACGAAGGGAGAGAGCCUCCACCUACCUUGCUCUCCUUCCUUCCCUCCCCAGUCCCUCACUCCCUCUCUUCCCCUCAGGCUGGCAGGAUUCCUCGGGCAGAGUAUGCAAUCAGUUUGCAGGGAGCAGCCGCAGACACAGGAAAGAUGCAGAAGCACAACCAGAAGGAGCACCUCUACAAGCUGCUGGUGAUCGGGGACCUGGGAGUGGGCAAAACCAGCAUCAUCAAGCGUUAUGUCCACCAGAACUUCUCCCCCCACUACCGGGCCACCAUCGGGGUGGACUUUGCUUUGAAGGUGCUGAACUGGGAUGCUGAGACUGUGGUACGGCUGCAGCUCUGGGAUAUUGCGGGACAGGAAAGAUUUGGAAACAUGACCAGGGUGUAUUACAGAGAGGCUAUGGGGGCGUUUAUUGUCUUUGACAUUACAAGACCUGCAACAUUUGAAGCAGUGACAAAAUGGAAAGAGGAUUUGGACUCUAAGUUGGUUCUUCCCAAUGGCAAACCUGUGCCAACAGUCCUAUUAGCAAACAAAUGUGACCAGGGAAUAGAUGUUCUUAUGAACAACGGCAUCAAGAUGGAUCAGUUCUGCAAAGAGAACGGGUUCGUGGGCUGGUUUGAAACAUCAGCCAAGGAAAAUAUAAACAUCAAUGAAGCUUCCAGAUGCUUAGUGAAACACAUAAUUGCUAGUGAGAGUGAACCAGUUCAGUCUAUUGAACCAGAUAUUAUAAAACCACACUUGAAUUCCUCCAAGAUUGGCAGUUGUUCAGCUUGCUUUAAAUCCUAAGAGACUUCCAGACUAUUACAAGAGCUGAACAACUAUGAUUCACAAUUUAUACUUUAUUCAACGAAUCCAGCCUGCCCACAUUGUCCCUAAGCAGAUUGCCAUUUUCUCAAAAAUAUAUUUAAACUUUUCCUUUUUUUUUUCUUCAGCUAAAAUUUAUUAUGAGCUGUUCAUUGAUAGCAACUAUUCAAAACUCUCUUUGGCUACUGGUCAAAUAAGACUCAUGAUGAUGGCUGUGUUUUCCUAUUUGGGUAGCGCCAGUGAUAUCAAAACCUAUUUCUUUGCCAUGUUGUUUCUGAAAACUCCUAUUUGUGAUGUGACUGCAGCAGCACCCUACUUGUUCAUUGAUUUCCAGGAUGCUUUCUCAGUACCUUGACCAGGCAAACAUCAUUGCUCUUUGUCACCCCUCAAACUUGAAUGAUCUUGUGUCAUAUGAGGAAGAUGAUGAUGACAAUGAAAAUUUAGCUGUUCAGAAGGAGACACCAAGAAUGCACACAGUUAAAUCACCCCAUUGCAAGUUCAGUCUCCUGGAUGUAGUGACAGGACUGAAUGUGAAGGAACAUUUCACAUCAUUCAGCUCUCCAGAAGAUCUGAACUUCCAAGACUGGUGAAGUGUUGGCUCCCUUUUUCUGAGGAGUUACAUUCUCGCGGUUGAUAGCAUUAUCUUAGAUGAAGCAAAAGGGAACAAGUCAAGGGUGAGGGGUGACAAAACAGGCAGUCAGGGGUACAGUCUCACAGGUGAAGCAUCUCAGGGUUUUCAGAAAUGUUAUCUAUUCUAUAGAGCCAGCAUUUCCUCUGGAAAGCCCACAUUGAUUCUUUCCUUUCCUCUCCUCCCUCAUGCCACAGAUAUGCCUGUGUGUUUAAACUGUGCGUAUUCUGUAAGUCCUUACAUGCAUCCCUUCAUUAUGUUUAUGCUCAUGGGAAAAUUCACCAUCCACACUGUAACAUACAAGCAGAACUUUUCAGGAGUCCAUCUGUGUUGAAUAGCAGGGUAUUUGCUUUCUGAAAACAUUCUUCUAAAAUGUACAUGAACGAUCACAGGGAGCAAGCAAAAUGAAACUGUCUUAAGAGACUCUUCUGGAAGGUGUGAAGAAUUUACUGAACCGUACUGUGGAAAUGAAAUGGUUGAUUUUCAGCAGCUCACAAAAACUGCAGGUUGGUGGAGUCAUUCAGAGAAGUGUGUCUAGACAAGAAGUCUUGACAUCUGGCUGCAAGCCCCUUCAAGACAAAUUUUGCCUCUCUCCUGCCAUAGAAAAUUCACUUGCAUUUUCUGUUCUUACUCAGACUUUUCCUUCUUAAGGUGUGAACUCUCAGUUGCAGGAACCGUCUUCAGAGAUGGGUUCCUCUUCUUAGAGAGGUGUAGCAGCAUGGAAGGGAGGAGACAGAAUCUCAUGAUGCCUUAUAUUUGCAGAUGUCACUGCAAUACUUCACUGAACACUUAGUUGGAAAUGAAGGAGUGAAAUUCUCAGUCUAGUAAAUAUCUGCUGCAUAGGAAAAAUGAAAAAUAUCUGCUGCAUAGGAAAAAAAAUUCCUCAAGCUGACCUUGUAAUGUCAGACCUGUGAGGUUCAUGUGCCUGUAAAAUUCAUCCUACUUGGCAAUGUAAGGUUUAUGUUUGGACUCAGAGUUCUUUUGCAGCCUAAAUGAUUCUAUGACUUUGUGCCUCUAUCACUAAAUGUUCUGUUACCGUAUAGGCACUGCAGAAAAGAGCUAUGUUUCUUUCCCUGGAGAGCCAGGGACAGAGACAUAGCUCUUUAUGUGCUCUUCCUAAAGCCUUCAAUUUUCCUCACAGAAUUUUGGAAUAAGAAAGCAAGAUCUUUAGUUUUAAAAAUAAAAAUUCACAUCCAGAAUUAAUCUGCACAGACAUGGAUGUAUGGAUACAUAUCUAUAAUGAGCUGGCUUUUUUGAGAAUAAUUUUCAAGCUGUCUUGAUUGCUGUGUUAUUUUUAAUACCUGUGUUAAAGAUCCUUUAACUCCUGCUGUGAUCUGUGUCAAAUUCCUUAAGCUUCCUGCCUCAGUUUCCUCACCUGUCAAACAGGGAUCUCUGUACACACCUACCUCACAGCACUCCCUGAAAGUUACUGUUGGCACCGUGCUUUGGAGAUACAUGUCCUACCAAACGCCAAGCUCUGCUACUGCUCAGAACGAAAUAUGAGUGCCCUCUAGCAUAAAUACAUGGUGCUGUAAUGUCUUCGUGUUCUACAUCUAUCAAAGGCUUGCCUGUGCUACAAAAAUUAGCUACAAUUAUUCCACCUCAGUUAAGCUGGUCAAGGUUAUAAAGCAAUGUGUGACUGCAUGGGAUGAUCAGAUUGGCUGCAGAUGGUCUGCAAACAGAAGCUGUGGCUGCAAAACAUCAUGGUACUAGUUUAAUAAUCUCAGCAACAAAGCUGCAAUUCAGAACUAGUGCCACAUCAGUUGUUUCAAAUGUAAAGCAUUGUUUAAGUCAAGUCAUAUGGGUGACUUACUAAGGAUAACAAUUCAUAUCCUGAGCCAACACUGUGGAGAACACAAGAAACAAGAUAUUUCAGAUAGCUUCUAAAGGGCUAAUUUUUCAUGAGUUGAACCCCAUACUUCACUUAUAAGUCUGUGGGUCUCAGGUGACGCAGAGGAAGUUGCCGUUUCAUCCAAAAAUUAUUUUGUGCUCAACUUGCAACAAACAUAGCAGUACCUAAUGUGUUUUACUUAUCCUCAUAUCACCUCUAUUUGGUGGCUUCCAUCAAUACUCACUAAGCAUAAUGGGAAAUUCCACAAGACUUUGACAGCUAGGGCUAAAGAUCUGGUAUAACACUAAUUAAGACAACCCUGUAUAAAUAAAACAAUUAAAUGACAUAUAGAGAUUUUUCAUUAUGCACUCUAUUGUACAAAGCUGCUUUGAAGUAUGAGCUCAUAAUCUGUUCCCCGUGUUUCUGUUGUGUCAGGUUGUACUGCAGUCAUUCAUCUUGGGCAGAUUUUCCACCUCUGGUAGAUGGUGGACAGAGUGUGGCCAAUUGCUAGACUAAGGACUAUAUAAGUUCUAAAGUCAUACAUUUUUACACCAUGAGAAUUAGAACAGUAUCACAAAGAAUCAAGCCUCCUUAGGAGGUUACAUAAUUACAUAUGUUCAUUUUUAUUUCUACUAAAGUGAUAAAAAUCUGUCAAGUCUUUUUCUAUAACACAAUAAAUGUGUGAAUGCAACCUGAAUAUCUAGCAAACAGAGCCUUUUUAGAGGAGGUUGUUCUAGGCAGGCCAGAAUAAAAGCUUUAAUUUAGAAUUAACGAGCUCAGUUUGUGCCAAUACCCUUUUAGGAAAUGUAAAAUUUAAUUAUACUGUGUCAGUCCCUAACAGGUUGGAUUUCCUUAGGUUUUUUUGAUGCACUCUGUGCUAUGUCCUCUUUGCUGGUCACCAGGGACCAGGCGUCUUAAUCACAAGCCCAUUUCAAAAUUAAACAUUUUCCCUUUCUGUUUGCAAUAAGUAAUGAAAGAUGAGUCUCUGUUGCCUUGCAAAUGGGCAAAGGUACUGCAAAGUGGAACUAAAAUUAAUUUUCAUUCUAGUUCUCCAAAUACGCCCCUCUGGGUGUCCCAGCACCUCAAACCUCAUGUUGAUGAGCUAGGGAGGUGCUGGACAUGAGAGAUCAGCCCAAAACACUCAAAGAAAGCAGUGGUUGAACAUCUUCACCCCCAGACAUCAUUUGCAACACCAGUAAAGACAGAAUGUCUUUCAUUUUCCAUAUUUGAAGCUCCAUACAAACAAAACCUCAUGAUCCUAAAUACUUUGGGAAGCAUAUACAUAUUACUGAUAGAAAAAUGGAUGGAGUGAAAGAUAAUUGCUCUGUUAUUCCAGAAAGAUCAUAAUAUAUUUGACCAGGUUCUGCUUUCAAUAGAAAGCCAUUUGGAAAACUGAAAAUCAGGCUUUUUUAUUCUUACAGACCAUUUUUUUCAGAUAACGUAUUUUCAUUAACUUUUCUGUUCAGGAAUAGCUGUUCCAACAGUACUUUAUGCAUUCAGCUUGAACUGUUGUACAUCAAUAUUUCAUCUUCAGAUUUUUUUUUCUGUUUUAACCUACCUGACUAUAUAAAAUGGGGAAGGAGGGAGAGAGGGAAGGAGAAUGUGAACCUUUAAACAGCUGUGUUGUUUUACUUCUUGAAACAGCUUGUUGAGCUGGAUGAAGUGAAAUUGGUAAACAGAUGUGGGAAAUGAACUUAGUGUCGAUUGCCCGGAAACAGUCAAUGAAAAUAUCUUUUACUGCACCAAUAUUUAUGCAUGUGACCGCAGGUUCUACUGUAAUAAAAGAUGGUAUUUCUGACAAAACAUGGAA